CGAUUGCAACGCCCAACGCGUCGACAAACACUUUGAGAUCGUACAGUACGGCGCAUACUGUGCUCAAUUCAUCCGUUACAAGCGUAACUCUCCACAACCCUAGACCCCGACAGGGGCAAGAAAGUCCAGAAGAAGCUCGUGGUCAUUGGAGAUGGCGGCUGUGGAAAGACAUCCUUGUUGACCGUCUAUGUGAAGGGCUACUUCCCUACAGACUACGAGCCUACAGUGUUUGAAAACUAUGUCGAGCUCGUGGCCAUCGACGACAAGCAGGUCGAGCUCAGUCUAUGGGACACUGCGGGCCAGGAGGACUUUGACCGGUUACGAGGACUGUCGUACGAGUCCAGCAACAUUGUGAUGAUCUGCUUUUCGGUCGAUAUGCCAACAUCACUGGAAAACGUCGAGACAAAGUGGAUCGACGAGGUGCGGCAGUAUUGCCCUGGCGUCAAAGUCAUCCUCACUGCGUGCAAAUGCGAUUUACGUGAAGACGAGCAGGUGGCCGAGAAGCUGAGCCAGCGAUCGUUGAGACCAACGACAUACGAGGAGGGCUUGGCGGUCGCCAAGCGCAUCAAAGCGACCCGGUAUCUGGAAUGCUCGGCGAAAGAGAACCGCGGGGUGCAGGAGGCAAUUGAGGAGGGAGCGCGCGUGGCACUCGGCAGUCGUGCGCACGGUGUCAGUGGCAGCUUGCGGCAAAGCUCAUGCUGUGUCAUUCUUUAACGAUUGAGGCAUAUACACAUUGCAACGACAUGACG